UGCUCUUCAUUUUAACAAGAGAUUUCCAACAACUUUUGGCAGGGUAGCAGAAAACAAACGUUGAAUUUGGCUUUUUUUUUUUUUUAAAAAAAAAAAAGCAUAGCAGUCUAUGGACUUCACAACCCCAAGCAGCUCACAGAGGAGAACUGUACCAGUGCAGGAGGAAGGCAGAGGUGCUGGACAGCUGUGCUCAACUUAGGCUGUUUGUCUCAUCCAUGGAAAGCCAAAGGCUGCUCUCUGGCACAACCCAGCCACCUUCCCAUUCUGCAGGCUUUUGCCAGAAGAUUUAAAGGUGCAGAGUGAGCUGUUCCAAAAAGCUGGAAUCUGUGAGGCAGGAAGGGGGGACUGAAUGAGCUGCCAGCUGUUUACCUGUUCAUUAAAGAACCUGUUCAUUAAGGAACGCUUCCCAUGCUGUUGGUCACAGCUGGUUGUUAGAUAGUUGAGGUUGGUCAUUGGGUGAGGACUAAAGGCGAGUUCUAAACACCGUUCUGUACUAACAGCACAAACCAUGCUGUCCUCCAGCAGGAUUUAUGGCUUUCCACAGGCUUUUUCAGUGGGUGAAAAUUCCUGUCUUCUGAGCUAUUUGAGAGUUCUUAGAACACUGUAUAAAACCUGAGCAAAACACAAAGAAAAUCUCCCCCCAGUUGCUGGUGUGGAAUGAAAGCUGCAAAGUGGGAAAGCGAGGCCUUAAUGCAGUUUUUAUCAUGUUUAAAGACUGCAUAAAAACUGUUUAAGAAUGUAUUUAUUCCUUUAUUACUUGGAGAACUUUUGUUUCUACAUUUAGACAAGUUUAUGGUUCCAAUAUGAAUGUUUUGGGUUGCCCAGUGAGCGUCUUGGCAGCGAUGUGAUGGCUGGGCUGGGGAUGUUGUGCUACCAUUGGGAAACGGCUUGUACAGGGUGAGCCAAAGAGCCCCUUUCCUUCUGCCUCAGCCUGCUGUGUGCCCCUUCCCACUAUUUAUCCCUGCUAGCGGCUGUGCCGUGCUGGAGGGGGAAGCCAUCAUUUCCUCGUGUCCCAUCCUUGCUGAGCAAUCUCCGAGUUGGAACACAGAACCGAUUAAAAAAAUAAACCCGAGGAAAAAAAAUUAAAGCCAACAAAUCCAAACCUGCCCCCCUCCUCUUUCCUCCGAGCCGGGGCAGCCUCCCGGCCCAGCUCCGAGCCCUGCCGCCCCCCGGAGCGCGGCGGCUGGAGAUGCCCGCGCUCCCCCCGGCCCCGCCGCUGCCCGGCGGCGAGCGCUCCGCAGCCCAGCGAGAGUUAACGCCGGAGCCGCCUCUCCAUUGGCGGCCGGCGCAGCGGCUGCGGAGCCCGCGCUUAUAACGGGCGCGCGGGGCGGCCGCAGCCCCUCCGCCGGCACCGCGGCUCGGCUCCAUGCGGCGGCGGCCGGCAUGCCCCGCCUGCUGCCGGCCCUGCUCGCCCUGCUCUGCUUCGGGCCGCCGCCGCCCGCCCCGAGGGCUCCGCUCGCCGAGGCCGCGGCGCAGCCGGAGCCGGAUGAGCCGUGGUGCCCCUACAAGGUGCGGCCCGAGGGCUCGGCGAGCGGGCGGCUGUGCUUCCGCAGACCGGCCCUGGGCUUCCAGUGCGCGGCGCGCUCCUGCCGCGCCCACCGCUCCCCGGGCGGCGCGCUGGUGGCCAACGUGCUGCGCAACGGCAGCGUGCUGCUGCAGUGGGCGCCGCCGCGUCCCGGCAACGGCCUGCGCGGCUUCGCGCUCAACUGCUCCUGGGACGGCACCUACACGCGCUUCCCCUGCGACGGCGUGGAGCUGGGCGCCGCCUGCCGCGACUACCUGCUGCCCGAGGCGCACGGCGGCGUGCGGUACCGCCUCUGCCUGCAGCCCCGCUACGCGCCGCCGCGCCCCGCGCCGCCCGCCCACUGCGUGGAGUUCCGCGUGGAGCCGGCCGCCAUGCGGGACAUCGUCGUAGCCAUGACGGCCGUGGGGGGCUCCAUCUGCGUCAUGCUCGUCUUCAUCUGCCUGCUGGUGGCCUACAUCACCGAGAACCUGAUGAGCCCCGCCGCGCCGCGCCGCGCCUAGCGCCGCUCCGCUCCUCCUGGCGCCGCUCUGCCCCGCCGUGCGGCCGCCGCUUCGGGGCCGGGGAGCCGCGCGGGGUCGGGGCGGGUUUGCUCAGGGCGUCGUCGGGAGCUUCGGUUGCUGUGGGUUCGUCCUUUCCAGACUUCCAGGAGUUGGGUUGUGGGUUGUUUGGGUUUUUUUUGUCUGUGUGUGUAUUUGGAGCUCUUGUCACAUAGGGCGGCUUUUCAGCUUGAGCCAUACUGAUUUCUGAAGUCGUAGGAUCUCAGUGGAUUAAAAAUGAAUCGUGGCAAAAAUCCACAAGUGCCAGGAAAUUUUCCAUUUUAGAAGCAAGCGACAGAUCCGGCCGAGGGGCUGCUAGAAGGCACUUAAGAACGUGCUUACUUUAAGCUUGUGCUUAAGUCUCAUUGCUCCGGAUGAGUUGGACUCGAUCCUCGUGGAUCCCAUCCAGCUCGGGAUGUUCGAUGGCUCUCUGCUUCUAGAUGCGUGCAUGGUUUUGUUGUUUGUUUUUUCCCUGAGGGGGGAACGCCAUUGAAACCUGCGAGGACAGACGCAGAGCAGCCGCCAGCCACACAGCCGUGUGACCCAGAGGCACUGAGAUCUUCCAUGGGUGCUGCCUCGUGCUCCUCGAGCAGCAGGGUUGUGGCACAGGGUGCCCCAGCAGCAUCGUCCCCCUGAGAGCUGCACUAAAAAGAAAUAAAACACAGUUUGUAGGAAAAUUCCGCCUCGUUGCAGAGCAUGAACUGAUCUUGAGUCGCUGCUCUCUGAAAUCCCCCCCACCCCUGUUUGUUUUAGGAACGCUGUGUGGAGCUGCACUAAGGGACACAAAACUCACUGAUGUCGUAGCGGAGUGUUUAGAGCGUAGGAACACUCCUUGUGAACUGCUCACUCAAUGCUGUAGUAAAUAAGGUUUUAGCCAUACUCAAGUAUGAAUUCUCUUGUGCCUUAGUGUUGAGAUCCUGUCCCGUUUCUAUCGGUGUAUCUCUUCUGUAGUCCUCACACAGCUCUGCUGCUGGUCUCGUCUCAAACUGCUGUGUUGUUUUGUUUCUGAAAGCAAACUUUGCUGCUCAUUACUUGAACUUCAAUAUAGACCUGAAGUAGUUCUGUUACCAGCUGUUGUGUUUAGUUUUCAUUUAGUUUGUAUGUGAUAGAAGGUGACUUUAUAGCACUUACACAUACCGAAAGCAAAAGUAGAAAAACUCUUCUGUGAUGGGGUAUUGCAAUCCAAAUUCUUUGGUUCCGUGCGUGCUCUGUUUGUGUCGAUGUGCAUCACUGGCGAAUCACCCGCGGGCUUUUCUUUUGUGGAAUAGUUUGCAGAGUAUAAACUUGCUGUUAGAGAGUAAAUAUAGAAAGUAUAUGCAACCCCUGAUAAAACGCAGUUUUGGCACUAAUCAUAAUCCCCUCGAAAACUUGAGAGCGGUCAGGAAGCUGAAGGUCUGUGUUUCACCAGGCAGAAAUACCUGUUUGUCAUCCCUGCUCUGUUUGCUUUCUCACACGCGGCUGAGAUUUCACACUGCUCUCUAUUUAUUUGCCUGUGUACUUGAUAGAAGCAGCCUGACUGUAUCCAGCACGGCAGCAAUGGAAGGACAGCAUCUUUCAUUGUCACCGAAGGACAGUGCCACUUAUUUAUUUAUUUAUGUUGUCCCUAAGGAAGCUGACUGCUCAAAGACAAGGCAAUCCCAUUUUAAGAGCACUAAGACUGAUUGCUUCUAGUGGUUUAGCUCAGUGAAUUUAAACACAGAGUGAAUUUGGCUCCAAGGUCUCAGGUCAGUCUUUUCUGUAGCCAGUUCUGCACAGAGUGGCACUGAUUUUGUACAUCACUGUCAGCCAGCCUGACCGUUUUGGUCUUCAUUUGCCAGAUGUGAAAAUUAACUGUAUAACGAAUGGGCUUUGUACCACGUUGGCAUUGACCUUAAUAAAUGAAGAGAAUAAUGAAAAAAUGGCA